GCAGCGUAUGCAUUCAUUUCUGUUGGGACGGCAAUGGAGUCAGCUUUGGAGGAGGUUGCAAAGCACUGCCAUGUGCAACUAAUGUUUUACACCCAGUGCGUUGAGAAGAACCCAACAAAUUGGGAAACAGUGUGCGCAAAGGAAAAGAAUGCGGUGACAAAGUGCGCGGAAGAAAACGUGGAAUCGCUCCGUCAAGUCAAACGCCGCUGUGCAGACCAGAUAAAAACCUAUCAGAAAUGUCUGGAAGAUAAUCCUUCUGAACCGUCAACAUGUGUGAAUGCGCUGCGGGCAUUGUAUGAAUGUCACAAUGCAGUUGCGACAGAGUCGGGCCAAGGUGCCUGAUCGGCGUAGCGGGGAUUAGGUAUUUUUAGAUUUUCCAUAGACGGGUUGCUUUGUUGCAUUGAAACCUCUGCAGCGACACUUUGGAUACACAUAGGGAAGAUUCGAGCUUUGUAGCAAACGCAUUGGCUGGAUAUUUAAGAUAGUCUUCUGCUCCGUAUUCAUGUAAUCACCAAAUCCAAUUGUUCAUAUCCACUGCUAUCGUCCAA